AUGUCGGCCGCUUUCGCGCACAGCGUUGCCGUGUCCUCGGGCACCUUUUUCCUGGCAGACAGCGCGGCUCAGUUGGCGGAGCGGUGUUCGAAAGGAGCAUCCAACCGAGACACUGGGAUACAGGCUGGACGAGACAUCUAUGAGUUGACAUCCGACUACUCUUUGGCUCGUGCGCUGCGUUACGCCUUCGUCGGCGGACUGGUUAUGGCCCCAAUGUUCCACGUGUGGUACCAAAUAAUCGAGCGAGUCUUCCCCGGGCGGCGACUUUGGUAUCAGAAGCUUCUACUAGAGAGCUGCACGAUCGCGCCUGUAUACCUUGCUUGCAACAUGACGGCAACAGCUUCCUUGAAGACGCUGGGAGUCUUUGAAGCUGCAGGUGGUUCGGUUCAGCAGCUGAGGGCAGAAGUGCAGUCAAAGCUCUCCACUGACUUUCCGCGCUUGUACUUCAACGCCCUGACCGUGGUACCCAUAUACCAGGCAGUGAACUACCGGUUCGUGCCUCUCCGCUAUCGCAUGUUCUGGCUCAAUGGAUGUCAGCUCUUCUGGAACAUCUGGGUUUCGCACCGCGUCGCCAGGGAUGUGGAGCACCGCUGA